AUGUUGUUUUGGUCAUUGGUCACCGUCGUGGCGUCCGCGGCCUUUGCCGCUGGCGCGUCGCUUAAGCCGGUCACGAGCUUCGGCGCGAACCCAACGAGUAUACAAAUGUAUCUCUAUGUUCCGGACAAAGUCGCGGAGAAACCAGCCAUCAUUGUCGCAUGUUGGGAUGUCCAGAACCCCGCAAGUCUCACGCACAACGGUGGCGGCGAUGCUGGUGGCAUUAUCAGCAUGGUCAAUUACACCCUGGCCAAGUACAACGGCGAUGCGUCCAAGGUCUACGUUAUGGGCGGCUCGUCCGGUGCAAUGAUGACCAACGUGAUGGCGGGCUCCUACCCGGAUGUCUUCGAAGCUGGCGCAGCAUUCUCCGGCGUUGCGCAUGCCUGUUUUGCCGGAGCGGCGGGCGCAACGCCCAUGUCGCCCAACCAGACCUGCGCACAGGGCCAGAUUUCUCACUCGGCGAAGCAAUGGGGUGACUUCGUGCGCAACUCGUACCCUGGAUAUACGGGUCGGCGGCCACGGAUGCAAAUCUUCCACGGCCUGGCCGACACUUUGGUUCGCCCGGCAUGUGCGGAGCAAGCCUUGUUGCAGUGGUCUAACGUACUGGGCGUGGAGCUCUCCAAAAACGUUACAGGCGUCCCCUCUGCAGCAUACACACAAGAGGUCUAUGGAGAUGGUACCAAGCUGCAAGGUUUCUUCGGGAAAGGCGUUGGCCAUAUCGCGCCAGUGAAUGAGCCGCUGAUGCUAAAAUUUUUUGGCAUUACUCAAUAA